GAUGACAAAAUAGAGCUUGAGUUGGCAGCCAGCAGUGAGACAAAUUUUGUACUUAAAUUAGAGCAUGGCGACCAGCUAACAGAGGAUUGUGGGGAAGACGAGGAUGUUGAGGGUGAAGGUGACGAUGACGAUGAACCAUUGAUGAGUGGUAAUGGAUGCAUUGACCGAACGUUUGACGACGCAGAGCUGAUUGAGACUUGGCGCAGCUUGCUGCCGGAGUGGCAAGCCAAACAACAUUCCAGCACUACCACGACUACUCCGGGGGUGUUGGUAACUGGUUUAGCACCUACGCUAUCAUCACUAAGCGCUGUAAUCGCCAACACCCUUGUUACUGCCAGUGUGGUUGCAGGUGGGGGGAACGGAAGCGGCAUCCAUUCUUUGGCAUAUUCGAUGACUAGUUCUCCUCCCCUUGCGAAUUCCACUUCCUACUCGUAUUCAUCCUCCAAUUCAGUCAACGUCCAGCCGACCCUCCGUCAGUCGCCAUCAUCACCCCCAUCAUCUUCGCCACUAUCAUCUACUCCGCAACUUCCGCCCUUGCCACAACCCGUACAAGUGCCAGCUCCACACCAUCAGCAGCAGCCACAAGAACAGUCACAACAGCAGCAGCUUCAUCAUGCUCCAGCAUCUACUAGCUGGACGAAUGGACCCUGUUUGAGUUCUUUGGGUGUUAUGUUCACGCGUCGUCUGCGUAAGCUUAUUCAUCGUGGCGUACCGGAUGCUCUUCGCGCAAUAGUUUGGCAGCUUUUGGCCGGCUCUUUGGCCAAUGAAGCCGUCUUACACGACACCUAUAGGAAGUUAAUAAUUCAGGUAUCAUCACUAUCCCAAAAUAUGCCCAUAGCACCUCAGACAACUCUUCUUACUGACCGAGCCAUUCUUUACUUUUUCUUCUUUCCAUCGUACUUAGUAGCUAGGACUAAUCAAACUGCUUUAUAG